AUGGAAAGGACUCGGUUGUUAGUGUUAGUUGUAGUUGUAUUUAACUUAUUUAUAAUAAGAAAUGUUGUGUGUUAUGUGCGGGUUGAUCCCCUUGUACUAAUCAACGGUCAGGGGUUAGUGAGAGGUUACAGAGCUACCGAUGGCGACUACUCCGUUUUUUUGGGUGUACCAUAUGCAAAAGUUGACCCCGAAGAUCCUUUCGGACCUGCUCAAGAACCAAUUCCGUUUGAUGAGGUAAUCUACUAUGCUAGAGAUGGAUCAGUCAAGUGCCCGCAAAUGACAAAUGAACAUUCACUAAGCGAUAACGAAGACCUUGACUGGCCUUAUGGUUUCAUGUGCCUUGACAUUCCUGAAGUACCUGGUAACCAAGGACUGAAGGAUCAAUAUGCAGCAUUGAGAUGGAUUAGAUCUCACAUUAGUUCUUUUGGAGGUAACCCUUUCAACAUGACUGUAGCCGGCCAAGAUGCUGGAGCCACAUCUGUUUUAUUACACAUAUAUGCAGAUAAAGAUAGAUAUUUCAGAAAAGCCAUAGUCGAGAGUGGUACACCUCAGAGUGAGGGUAUGUUUGUUAGCUCUGAUGAAAACGUUGCUAUUAAAAUAGCCGGUCAUUUGGGAGUAAAUACAACUGACACAACAGAAGCGCUAGAAUUCCUAAAAACUACUCCCCAUGAAUUAGUGACAGCUGCAGCUUAUGAAUUAAACUUACAACUAAAGCCUUGUAGAGAAAGGUCGUUUAGUGGUGUCGAUAUCUUUGUACAAAACGAUCCUUACUCACUUACAAACACAAGAAGUUUUCGAACAUCUAUUUUAAUUGGGUAUAGUAGUAAUGAACGUCAUUCAUUAAGCAGCGAGUACUUUGAUUCAGAUCCGUUUUAUGAAAAAUUGCAAAACAAUUUUAACCUUUCCGAUGAAGUUUUACAAAAUUCUGCAAAUAUUGUAAGGCAAUUUUACAUUGGUGACAACGCAUUAUCUGAAGAAGUUGCAAAGGAAUUAGAAAUGUUUGAAUCAGAUUUUGGAUCUUAUCAUCCUACAGAAAGACAAAUAACUCACCUAUUACAAGAAAAUCUUAGCGAAAUUUAUCAAUACUUGUAUAGUUACGUUGGUAACACUGAUGCUAAUGGUGUUAGCCGUACUUCUGAACCUAAUUAUUUAAUUAAAAUGGAAGGUGUUAGAAUAACUGAAGAUCAACUGGUGCUUGACCGCCUUACAACAUUAUGGACUAAUUUCGUAAAAUAUGGAAAUCCUACACCAUCUACAACAGAGCUAAUCCCUCUCAGAUGGACACCAGUCACAGAUGGCAGCCGUCCUACCAUGAUUAUAGACACUGAUCUUCGAAUGGAAAGCAGGGUAUUUCAAGAACGAAUGGCUUUUUGGGAUCUCUUUUACUCCAUGUAUGGCAACAUGGCUAAGCUAUUACGGAACUGCUCUGAUAACCCUUACAUUUGUUGUUAA